UGGUUCCAUAUUACAGCGAGAUCUUAGUCGUUUCGAUUACGUUGCAAUGUUUUCUGUAGACGUAUUACACCGCGCUGCACCUGCUGAAGGAGUAGUCGCGUAUAUUCUGAAUUCACAUUAAAAAACUGCGCAUCAAUUAAGUUGAUCGAAGUUGUUUUGUGUAAAAGGGCAGCCAGGCUGUCUUCAACUGUCAAUCAGAUGUCGACGGAGGAUCUGUCCACUUCCGACAGCGAAGCUGCCUUCGCGGGAGCCGGGGAGCGCUGGGCGCCCGUGGGAGCCGUGGCCAGUCCGGAGGAUGAGCAGUGGAAGAGGAGCACGCAGGCUGGUUCCGUGUUGUCCAGCGAUGCAGACAUGGUAGUCAGGGUGCGGAAGCUAGAGGAUGAGCAGGAGCAGCUGAAUUCAUCGCUCCUCGCGUUAACGUCUCACUUCGCUCAAGUGCAGUUUCGACUGAAACAGAUCGUCCACGCGCAGGGCGACGAGAAAGAGCGGAUGCUCCUGGAGCUGGAGGACUUUGCUUUCAAAGGAUGCCCUCAUGUCAUCGGGUGCAGAUCACAGGAUGCUCAGAUGCUGGAAAACUCCAGUGAAAGGGAGAAGAGGGAGCGCUUGGAAGCUCAGAGAAAGAAGCAGAAGGAACUGAUUUUCCAGUUGAAGACCCAACUCGACGACCUGGAACGCUUCGCCUACCAGGAGGGCAGCUAUGACUCACUGCCUCAGUCUGUCGUCAUGGAGAGGCAGAGGGUGAUCAUUGAUGAGCUAAUAAAGAAGCUGGAUGUGAAUCUGAAUGAAGACAUUGGGAACCUCACACCAGAGGAGCUCCGACAGAGAGUGGAUUCUGCCAUAGCUCAGAUAGUCAACCCAGCUCGAGUCAAAGAGCAGCUGGUUGAGCAGCUCAAGACCCAAAUCAGAGACCUGGAGAUGUUCAUUAACUUCAUACAGGAUGAAGUGGGAAACCCUCUGUUAAAUGAUGGUGUGAAGAGCCAGCAGGCUCAAGCAGCCGGACCAAACACUGGAGCCACUGGAGGGAUGAAGCGAGGUAAUUCUACGUCACUUUAUAAUACCAUUUUAUUCGAUUUUAAAGCAAAGGUGUGUAACUUUAAAUCCCUUUUUUCCCCAUCCAAAGUGGAUCCCGAACAAGCCCAGAGGAUGCGGGAAACCGGGCUUCAGCUCAUCCAGAAAGCUUUAGCGGUUCUGCAGAUCUUCGCUCUGAGCCAGUUCGGAUGCGCUGCAGGCCACGUGCCCCAGAACAUGUGGUCUCAGGGUGCUGAAGCUCAAGAUUACGGCCCCUUGCUGCAGAAACUCGAAGGAGCCGUGGAGUGUGUGCGUCUGCAAGCCUCCCGCCAGCAGCCCAGCUCUCAGGAGGAACACGUGGUCAGCCACUCCGCCUGCCUGUCGUUGGAAGGACCUCGGGACGAACUCACCGCUUUGGUGCGUAAAGAGCUAGCGUUUGCGCUCCGGGACCUGCUGGCCCACGGAUUAUAUGCUCCUUCUCAGGGCAUGAGCCUGGUGCUUGCCCCCAUUUCCUGCCUGCUGCCCUUCAGCUCUUCUCCUCAGUCCCUGCAUCCUUGGGAACUUUUCGUCAAGUACUAUCAUUCCAAAAACGGCCAGGCGUUCGUGGAAUCACCUGCCCGACAGCUCUCGCAAUCCUUCAGUUUGCCCGUAGGGGGCGGUCCUGUGACGGUCACACCCAAGCAGUCUCUGUUAUGGGCCAUCCAUACAGUUCUUAAAGAGCACGGCCGAUUCAAACGUAGCGCAGACUCUGAGUUUAAGGCCUUAGUGUGCAUGGCUCUCAAUGAGCAGAGGCUUGUGUCAUGGUUUAACCUGCUGUGUAAGUCUGGGACGCUUAUACACUCACACUACCAGCCCUGGAGCUACAUGGCCCAGACAGGCUUUGAAGGUGCCCUGCGAAUCCUGGGCCGCCUCAGCCAUCUCAAAUUCAGCCUUCCUGUAGACUUGGCUGUCAGGCAGCUGAAAAAUAUCAAAGAUGCUUUCUAAGCAAAAAUAUAUUUGGUAAUUUUGGGCAAGAUUUACCCUCAUAAUCUUAAAAUUAUGAUAAAAAAAACAUAUUCUGUAAUACUAUUUCUCUUUAUUCAGAAGUUCAAAACAUAUUCCCAGAACAUCGAGUACACUGGAAUUAAAAAAUGGAAGUGAAGCAACUCGUGCACUUUUUUUGAGACACUGUUGCUGUUUGCUCGAAUGCCUCCAGUCUCCUUUAAACUGAAGAGGGUGAUUAUGUAG